AAACAUUUCACAUACAUCCAUACAACAACCACACCAACCACUUGGGGUAGCAUUCUCUACUCCAUUCCUCUAGUAGUAGCUAUAUCUCUCUCUUUCUCUCUCUUUGUCCCUCUCUCUCCCUUCAAAUCAUCAAGAUUGGAUACGAAGGUUGUUAAACAAUCAAUCACCAAUCAAAAUCAUAUCAAAUCAAAUCAAAGUCAGCCAAACAUGUCCUCCUCCUCUCCCUUUCCAAUGGACCAACUCCCACCUUCCGAGCAGCUCUGUUACGUCCAUUGCAACCUUUGCGACACAGUCCUCGCGGUGAGUGUUCCUUGCACCAGCUUGUUCAAGACGGUUACCGUUCGAUGUGGACAUUGUAGCAACCUCCUCUCUGUCAACAUGCGCGGCUUGCUUCUGCCUGCGGCGAACCAGCUUCCUCUCGGCCACUCCUUCUUCUCUCCGUCGCAGAAUCUGUUGGAAGAGAUCUCUACGCCGCCAACUCCAAGCUUGAUGCUCGAACAGAACAACCCAAGUGACUGCAUGGCAUCAGUUAGAGGAGGAGGCAAUGAGAACCCUAAAACGCCUGCUGUUAACAGACCUCCGGAGAAGAGACAGAGAGUCCCAUCCGCGUAUAACCGAUUCAUCAAGGACGAGAUCCAACGCAUCAAGGCCGGAAACCCCGACAUAACUCACAGAGAGGCUUUCAGCGCUGCUGCUAAGAACUGGGCUCACUUUCCACACAUCCACUUCGGGCUCAUGCCAGAUCAGACCGUCAAGAAAAAUAACGUGCGCCAGCAGGAAGAAGAGAACGUUCUGAUGAAGGAUGGAUUUUUGUCCACUGCCAACAUGGGUUUCACACCUUAUUAAGCAAUGCAUCAGUUUCUAGGGUUUUCUUUUACGUCUUCUCCUUAUCUACGGACCUGAGUCUCUGCUCUUUCUUUUUAAGAGAAGUUAUGCUAACAUGUCUUUAGAAAUCACUCUUUCUUGUUUGUCUAACAUCUCUUAGAAAUUA